ACCAUCGCCGCGCGAAGAUGCUCUUCCGACGUUUGCCAGUGCCCUUGUCGGCCCCCUUCAUCUCACGCAACUACAGGGGUUUCGCCACCACUGCUGCUAACCACAACCUCCUCGGCUUGGCUGCCCUGUCCAAGGAUUCCGAUAACAACCUCUACUUCAAUGCCUUGGUCAAGAAAACCGCCAUCGAGGACGCCGCCGACCAGAUGGCACCUUCGGAGCUCGGUGCCUGGUCCGCGUACACCGACGGUAGACUGAUACUGCCCAAGGUCGAUUGGAACGGCGCGCCAAGCCGUGCCCGCGCGCCGAUUUCAGACCAGUCCCUCGAGACAGCCCAGAGCUACGCCGAAGCCUUGAGCCGUCUAUACAGCGGGAUGGCGACGGUACCUGAUAGCGCCGCGGGUAACGUCUCGAGCGAGAAAAAGGACAAGCCGCCCCUCGUUCGUCUGUCUCCAAGCCAAGCCGCCUGGUUCGUGCGCGAGUACAAGCUGGAAACCACCCUCGUCAAGGCUGUGGGACGCAUCAUCCGCGUCGAGAAGAGCAUGUACAAAGUCCUGCAGGUCGUCAGCCAGGCCGCGGCCAAGUCGGAGAAGGACGGCGACAAGAUGGACUAGGGAGUGCGCGUCUUGGGGCCGCCGCACCGGAUGCUGGUUUGCGCG